AUGAUAUCAUUUAUAGCUAAGAAAGCGGACAAACUCAAAAGAUUAGUGCAUAACCUAGAUCCUCAGCGGCUUCUACAGUUCAUAACACAUCUAUGUGCAGUAGUUUUUCUUACUUUCAUCACUCCGUUCAUAAUUCGAGGACUUUUUGCAUAUCAUGUUGUUGAUCAGAAGGUACCAUUGGAUUUUGUCUUCCAGACAUGUACAACAGACUACUACGGAGUUUGCUCUUUUCCCGAAGCUAAAAUAGACUUGGCUGAAGUGAGUUUUUUUUUCUUAUUUGUUUGAAUUUUAGGUUUUAUUAAGAAAAUUGAAGAUUUCGACAUGGCUUUGGUCAAAGUGAGGGAUAACAUAAAUUGAGAGAACACUAUUUUUCUUUCAAAUGGAAUUUGGUUAAAAAGCUUUAAAAUUACAUUUUUAAUUAAUUAAAAACAAAAUUUACAAACUUAGCGUUAGUAAAAUACCUAUAUUUCAGCAAAACCUCAUCUUACAAUCCAAAAUGUACUAUGACUUUACAAUUGAUCUGGAACUGAUUGAAACAGAGUCCUUAAUGUCUUCUAAGGUGUUUCUGACACAACUUGAAGUUAAGGAUAACUUGUUCCAGCCUUUGGGGACAUUACAACGAAGUGUUAAUCUGCAGUAUUCAUUUUUGUAUCGGUGGUUUAUCAAAGUAAGCUGUAAUACUUUUAAAACCAAAAAACUAAUUUUCUGUUUCAAAGAUCUAUCUUGUCGUUUGGAAGAAUGAUUUUGAAAGACUAUUUUGAUGUUUAGAUACGAAAUUUGACAUUCUUUCCAUUGUAUUUGGUUGGAAUGUUGUCUUCGUCGUCGCCGACCGAGUUUCAUAUAACAUUUCCAAGGAGUUAUCAAUUGAAAUCGAAUGAAACUGCUAACUUCUUGGUUGUUCAGGUGCAGAGUCGACUUGCUCAGGUGAGUGAAAUGUCUUUAUCUUCUUUUGUAGUAUAGAAAAUGGCAAAAAAUUUCUUUAAAACACAAAAAAUAGCACAAACUAUCUUUACAAGACAAAAAAUAGCAAAAACAAGCUUAAAGAUAACAUUUUGUAAUACUUUAAAUAAAAAUCGUAUUUUUAGAUAAAAUACGCUCAAUUACACAUCGAAGCCAACACCUCAUAUUUCACCUACUUUUUAAGCUACUACACUAUAACAUCUUUCAUCUUCUUAGCAGUCAUAUCAUGCACAAUAUACUCAACACUAAUGGUAAUAUAUUGGACGAUGAUCGGCGUAAAUGCCUACAAUCAGAUGCCAAAACUGGAGGAGGAUGCGACAUUUUCAAAGCCACUAAACAUAAAGAAUGACACUAAAAAUGGGAAAAUUCUAUUUGAUCCGAGGACUAUCGAAGAGAAGUUCAAGGAUCUGAGUCAUGAAGAUCUACCCGAAUGUCCAAAAGUUCAUGGAGUAUAUGGUUGGGAUGUGAAGCCGACUGGCGGGCAAAGAAUUGGCUUUGAUUAG